AUGAAGGAGGAAAUGUCGAGUCUUGAUUCUAUGCUGGAGUACAAUGAAAUUAUUAGGAAGAUAUUUGGUAGUGAAACAGAAGAAUAUCUGUUUUAUAACAAAUACACUAAGGGGAAAGGAUUUAGUGUUAGGAAAAGCUAUUGUGAGUGGGGCAACGGCCACAAUGAGAGCACCCUUCGAAAGUUUGUUUGCAGUUGUCAAGGUUUCCGUAAAAAGGAGCUGAAGAGGGAGAUUAAGAAGCGGAAGCCACGGAAUAUUACUCGUGUUGGAUGCCCUGCUAAAUUUGUGAUUGCAUGGGAUCAGAACAUAGGGCAGUGGUAUGUGAAGGAUUUCAUCUAUGAACACAACCAUCCAAUGGCGGAACGAGACCUUGCUUGUCUUCUGCGUUCACAUAGAGGAAUCAGCGAUGAGCAAAAAGUUGAUAUUGUGGCGAUGCAGAUUUCUAGGAUCCACAAACACCAGAUAAUGGAUAUUAUGGAAAUGCAGUACGGUGGGUAUGAUCAGGUUGGAUUUACAACAAGGGACUUGUAUAAUUUCUGCCAUCGCAAUAAGGUGGAGACAAUUGCUGCUGGUGAUGCUCAAACAGACAUCAGUUACCUGACAGAGUGCAGAUGUAGGGAACCUAAUUUCUUCUUCGACUACAAGACUAAUGGGAAAGGGCACCUCAAGGGACUGCUCUGGUGUGAUAGUCAAUGUCGGCUUGAUUAUGCAGCAUUUGGUGAUGUCAUCGUAUUUGAUAGCACGUACAAAAUGAUUCGGUACAACCUGCCCCUUGUUCCUUUUGUUGGGAAGCAUCCGGUUUCCGUGAUCACUGAUGGAGACCUUGCUAUACAGAGAGCAAUCGGGCUGGUGUGGCCGAAUUCAUCGCAUAGGCUAUGCAUAUGGCAUAUUGAGCAGAACAUUGUGCGUAAUCUUCACGAUGAUGGUGUGAAGGCUGAUUUCAGGUAUUUCCUUUAUGAUUGUUGCUCCAUAGAAGAGAUUGAGAGGAAAUGGCUGGAAUUCUUGGAUAAGCAUAACGUUACAGAUAAGGAGUCAUGGCUGUAUCAGAUGUAUGAGAGGAGAGAAAUCUGGUGUGCUGCGUACCAUGCUGAUAAGUGCUAUUUAGGACUGAGGAGCAACCAGCGGAGGAGGAUAAAGGAGAGAGAAUACCAUGUGGAAUGUGAGAUAUGUGUUGAUGAAGGCAACAUGAUGGGAAUUUCUUGUUCUUGUCUUAAGUUACAGUCCCUUGAAACCUUCUGCUCACACAACUUCUUUGUAUUGGGAUAUAGCAAAGAACGCGAGCUUCCAGGCUACUGUGUUUUGAAAAGUUGGACAAGGGGGGCCAAGAGUGUAUUUCCUCCUAUAAGGAAGAGCACCAUGUAUGACUAUUCCGAUAGGCUACAGAGGUACCAUGAGCUACGCAAUAUCAGUCACACUGCAUCCUUUGUAGCACCUCGUUCACCUAAAGCAUAUGAGCGGCUGAAACAUGUUCUGCAUGAGGAAGCUGCUAUGAUCCUGCCAAACGGAGGAGAGAACAGAGACAAUAGGUAUGGUCCGGUGUUGCCGCAAGGCCUGGAUGUUGAUUUUGUAGAGUCCAAAAAUAUCUUGGAUCCCAUGCAUGUUCCUGGCAGAGGGGCCCCGAAGAAAAAGUUGAAGUCAAUUUCAAAUAAGAAGAGAUCUAAGGUGAAAUGUACCAUGUGCAUUCUGCUUCCAGCAACUCAGGCCUCAGAUAAGGUGUCAAUGCUGAAGGUUGCAAUCCCUGUUGUUUUAACAGUGAGGGUGGUUAUCACUUUCACUCCCCUCAUGGAACCAGAUUUAGUUAGAUUCAAUAAAACUAGAGCAUUACAGGAAUUUUGA